AGUUCUCACUGAGAGCGAAGAGGCUGGUUUCACAACUUGACCAUGGAGGAGACGGAAGAGGAACACACUAAAUAUUUCUCAAAUAUCACACACCUCCCAUUGUUAUUUCCUCUGCAAUCAUGACAACCUCGGGGGGAACUUUUGGCUUCUUCACCCUGCUACUUGCUGUCCUCUGGCUUCCAAAAUAUUCAGCAGACCCAGUUCAUCUGAGAGCUCCAAGGAUCAUGAAUGCAGAGUACGGAGGUUCUGUGGCUGUGACCUGUCAGUACGACCCACAGUACAGAGGCUACACAAAGUACUGGUGCAGGGGGCCGGUAUAUAAGCUGUGUAAGAUUGUUGUUAAAACGCCAAAGAAACGCCACAGUGACAGAUGCUCCAUCGCUGAUGACCGGAAGGCAGGAUUCUUCACUGUUACUAUGUCGUCCAUUAGACGAAGUGAUGGGGACAUGUACUGGUGCGUUGUUGCCCGGCCUGGAAGGAACAUUUUCACUGCCGUCAAGCUUGUCGUCUCCAACAAAGUGAUGGCACCAACCAGCACAACGGCAAAAAACGAUUCGGAGCAAAGCAACGUACGGUGGUGGAAGCCUCUUCGAUGGAUCAUCUUUUCUAUUACGGUGUUUAGUUUAAUAUCAGCUCAUAUAGAUGUGUGGAGGAUAAAGAGAGCACACAGAAUAUGUCACAACAGUGUUCCUCAACAAAACUCCAGUAUGCAUGGGUGAACGACCCUUAAAGAACACGUGUGGAUUAUUAACAAAUAUUUCAUUUCGAAAAUCCUUCAGCAGUCCACCAAUGUGGGUAUGAAAUCCUCCAUGCUGUGAAAAUUACUUCAAACUUUGGUUCUACUUCCUGUGCAAAAUGUUGUAUGUGCAAUGUACUGCAUGUCAACACCUAUUUGUAAAUGUGAACAUUGUCUCUGUGUUGACUGAAAAGCUAUUUCUUAAAGGUGGACGACACGUCAGAAAUACUGACAUACUACAUUUUCACGGAGCAUGCAUUGUCUAUGAGACAAACAAUAAAAUGAACACAUUAAUAUAUUUAUGAUAAUGUUAAUCUAUCCAUCCACCCAAACAACCGUUCACACUCAUACUCACACCAUAUGAAUAAUUUAGCGUCUUUACUUACCUGACAUGCUUGUUUUUGGGAUGAGGGAGGAACCCAGAGAAAACCAAUGCAGACAUGGGGAGAACAUGCAAACUCCACACAGAUGCACAGGCAAAGAUUCAAACCCUCAAUCACCUGACUAUGAGGCCAGCAUGCUUACCUAUUGAUAAGAAAAACCAGAACUUGUUUAUUGUAAUAAGUAUAAAAAUGAAUUAUAUUAUUAUUAGUUAAUGCAUCUAUUAUUGCAGGGUGUCCAAUGUGCAGCCCGCAGCUAAUUGUUUACCGGCCCGCCACAGAUUCUGGAAAUGCUACUACAAAAAUAAAAAAAUAUUAAAAUAAAAAAAGGAAAUGAGGUGAAAUCUAACUGGAAAAAGUUGCAAUGUGGACACAAAGUCCCAUGCAGGCUGUGUUUUUUUUCUUUUGUGUAUUUUUCUUUUUCUUUUUUUGCCAUUACUAAAAAAAAUAAAUCAAUAUUAGAAUGAGUUAUUGACCCAUUCAAGGCUCCAAUUAUUUAAAAUAUUUCAUUUUAAAAUGUUUUAUGUGGGAAAUAUUGCAUAUAUUGUGUAGUUGCCAUACAAAAACAUCAAUGUUUUCUUUUACAAAAGAGGAUAAAACAAACAAAAUAAUAGUUCAAACAUAAAAUCGACAGAUAUAUCUGGUGUUACUCCCUCCAAGGUCUUAAUCAAGGCUCAAGUUGUUCAUUUUUCUCAAACAGACAUUUAUUUCUGCCACGCCUUCUUCUCCUCCAAAAUAAUGCCCAAAAAAUGCCGUCUGAACUAAUGAAUAAGAAAAACAGAACUUACAAAUAGUCUGACAUCAAAUAAAAGAAAACACAUAGAUUUCACAUGCGUUAUCACAAAGAAUCAUACCUCAUUGGCCUCACAAACUCCGAGGAAAUAAAGUUUCUUUCCGAGCCAGGACUCCAUUAACCUCUUCCAUCAAAUGUUUGCUGUCUCAUGCUACUUCCCUUAUUCCGUCACAUAUUAAUUGUCCCCCCCAACAAUGUGACCAAACCGGAAACAAAAAUAUUUUCCUCUCCAAUUUACAUGGGUUUUAUACCAAAAAUAAAGUUAACAUACACUUGCAUGAAAUUACCAAAUAAAAUACAUUUUUAAUCACAUUUUAUGUAAAUAUGAACUGAAUAUUUAUACAUUGUAUUUAUUUAUUAUAACCAACUAUGAAAUUAUAUACCAUGUAUAUAAUGUGCUUCUGUCGGCAGCUACAUCUGAAGUUGGCUUCACGGUGGCAGAGGGGUUAGUGCUUCUGCCUCACAAUACAAAGGUCCUGGGUAGUUCUGGGUUCAAUCCCGGACUCUGGAUCUUUCUGUGUGGAGUUUGCAUGUUCUUCCCGUGAAUGCGUGGGUUCCGUCUGGGUACUCCGGCUUCCUCCCACCUCCAAAAACAUGCACCUGGGGAUAGGUUGAUUGGCAACACUAAAUUGGCCCUAGUGUGUGAAUGUGAGUGUGAAUGUUGAAUGAAUGGUUUAUUUUGAGCCAUGCAAACAAAACAAAAGAAUGACAUAAAAUACAAAA